AUGAAGCGAGCGGAUAGCCAGCUAAACUUCUGGGGAUCGUCAACGACAAAGAUGCAAAUGAAGCCAGAGGUGAAUUCUCCUCCUCACCGAUCGCUUCGCUCGGCACUAUUCAGUCGUGGAAAGCAGUAUGUCGUACCAGACGAGUCUCAACCAAAUCGACAGCGUACGCCGUGGAGUUUUAAUCUCAGAAAAACUAAAUCAAAGGGAAGGUUUACGAAAUGGCAGCUAUUCCACCUCAUCCGUCGCCUUGUGGUGGUUGCUGCCGCAUGUCAGUAUAUAGAGAUUUCUAUGUUAGCGACCUGGCGUACGAUCGAAGUCUUACGUUCUACAGCAAGCCCCACCGAGUCCUUUGGGAGUCUUACUGCAUCUCUCAUUGCUGACUAUCUUGGAGGCGGUCAUAUCCGAGACAGUCGGCUAGUUCAGAGCCUUUUAGAUGGUGAUACCACACCUCGAAAUUACACAAUAUUUCUCGAGUCGGAGACCAAGACUUCUAUUGAAAACUGCUCCGAGGUUCCUCUCUUCAAUUCUGAAAUUUACAAUUUCAAUUUCUUGACCCACAGUUACUUGGAGAUGGUGCUCGAUACCAGCUACAACACCAGCGUUCUUGCAGAUCUGGAGCUCGUUGUCGUGGUGGUAGACUGCAGUUUCACAGCUCUUGUGUCGGGAGAUCCCUCGGUUGUGCGCAUUUUUGACUUAGUUCGAUCACAUGAUAAUUCCAGCGAUUUGUAUUUAGUCACGGUAUCGUUGUCGGUGCAAGACUACGAUGUACCAGACUUGAAUAAGAACGGCCCAGCUCUGCUAGGCAUGCUUUCGGUCAUCAACGCCAUGAAUGCAGCCAGUGUAGAGCAGUUUUACAUGGUAGCACCAACGUAUCCUUUCCAGCGAUCUCUAGAAUUCGAGAUCUUCGACUUCAUAGGAAUAACCAAUGACAGUCAUCUUGAGCUCCGAACUAUACCACCAGACCCGCUCACCCAGCCUGUAACAAGUCUGUUUACGGCUCGAAAUCGAGGCUUUUAUGACGGUGAAGUCCAGUCGAACACUCACUCCAUGUACUCGUUACUGGAUGCCGCAGAUACAAAGAGUAUGUUGACGCGGUGGGAAUGGUAUGGAGAGACUAUUAUCGCCGAUUCCUGGGCCUGGGUACACGGGAUUCACCUUGUUUUCGGGAUGCAGACGGUGUAUUCCCUCAUUAUCCUUCUACUCGUGACUUAUCAGAAUAUUCGCGUUGGGAAAAUUUGGAUUGGAGCUCCAUUUGCAGCGGUAUCGACUACAACUCUCGUCUCCCGUGGAUUUUUAGUGAUGAUCUCGUGGUACGUAAAUUCAUUCUGGACUCUGUACGAAUUUGCGCUAUCAAACGCUGCAAAAUUAUCCGGAAACGAGAUUGUUCACGUCCAUAAAGAGCUCGUUCAUGCCGACGUUCUCGUUGUUUAUCUGGGUAUUGUGGCAUUUCUAAGUUGGGUCAUUCGUGAACGGAUCGAUCCCGCUAUUGCGAUAUUUCUGUUUGAAAUCAUCCACAAGCACAGACUAAGCUUCAUAAAGAUAUCACCGCCUAUUCUCAACAAGAUUAUAACGUACUCUGACAGUGUUUUCCAUCUCGGUAAGGCUGACGUAUCCUCGAGUGUCAACGACAUGUCUCCACUAGAUUUUUGGUCCACGUUCCAGAUUCCUAAAAAGGAUGGUACUUUCCUCGCUGCUUCUUUUUUCCCGAAGAUCAGCUUGCUGGGACUAAUUAUUUGCUAUGCCAUACUACGUAAAAUCUAUCGGUAUUUCUACCCUGAGCCUGUUCAUCAAAGAUCGAGUCAAAGCAAGAGCCAGUCAGCGAAUGAGAAGACAGCACUGACGCUUAAAGGCACUUUGACUAACUUCGAGAUCUCGACCGGCGCUGAGCUUCAGACGCGCUUUGGUGUUAUUUCCGACUAUAAGAAUUAUGUGUACUUCAAAGGGAUGAAGUUCGCGUCUGCGGACGGAGUGUACUGCUCCGGGUAUGUUAUUGUCAAUGGUAAAUUUCUGGCGAAGUCGAAGGAUCUUGUAGCCGUUGCGAUGAUUAAACUCGUCCGCGCUCGCUUCACGAAUGUGUACGUGUAUGAGGUGGAAGGUAACACGGUCAAGGAUACAGCAAGACUUGUGUGCCCGGAAACUUUUACGUGGUCUGACAUGUGGCAACUGAACGUUACUGUGUUGUUGUAAAUCGAAUAGAAAAACCUUGG